GGAAACACAACCGAGCCUAUGAAGUAUUUCCUUUUUGUUCAGGUCAAGCUAGAAUGAAAGUAUUUUUUCUUUAACAGAAGAUACUCGGUGAUUAAAUGUAAUUAUUGUUCGUAGAAUUCACUUAACUGUGACGUUAAAGAAGAAGGAACAUUUUCAAGUCAUCUGAGCAGGAAUGUGGUCAUUGUUGAGCCUGAGACCAGCGCUGACACAAGUGUCCCAGCUGGCCUCAGCCUGGACCAGCCCCCUCCUCUGCAGAACCAUGGCAACGCUCAACCAGAUGCACCGGCAGGGAAAGCCCAAGCCUCGGCCUAAGUCCUUGGGCGCCACAUUUGGUCGUCCCCAACUCAAAGCCGUGGUCUUGAAGACCAUGAUCCGCAAGCCCAAGAAGCCCAACUCUGCUAACAGGAAAUGCGCCAGGGUGCGGCUGUCCAACGGAAAGGAGGCGGUGGUGUUCAUUCCUGGUGAGGGACACAACCUGCAGGAGCAUAACGUGGUGCUGGUGCAGGGAGGGCGGACACAGGACCUGCCCGGGGUCAAGCUCACUGUGGUGCGCGGCAAAUACGACUGUGCGCACGUGGUGAAGAAGAAGCAGUAGGUGAGGAGCUUUUGGCUUCACAUUCAUGAGGGCACCUGAACUGUUCUCUGAGUGAGAUGCCUUCAAAGACAUGUCAUGCUCCCACUUUUCACUGCUGGAUUUCUGCUGAAGCAUCACAGAGAACAGAGUUCUCUCUUUGGAAUCUGAUUUGUUCUUUGUUUUUAAUAAAGAUUUUGUGUCCUCA